AGUAAACAACCACGCCAAUUCCUCGAAGACUGCGUACUAUUGUCCGGGGACUUUGGUUUGCUUCAGGUAAUGAGGACCGACGCAAAAAAAGUUCCUUAGAAUCGAGUAAGUGCCGAAGCCCCGGUUUGUUCUACGCUGCAUCCCCACAGCUCUUUUCGAAGUAAGGCUGGCACGUUUCCUAAAGAAGGUUUUGGCUUGUGAAUCAGUCGCCGCCGAGUUAGUACAAUACGCUCUUUUUGUCUUGUGCGAUGAAGGUCAUGUUGAUAACUGUCUUGCCAUCUUGGCCAGCGAUAUGAUCAGAUAGUCUUCCUGAACAGCGCAGUUCCUCUCACCUUACCAUCCGCUGCGGGUUUGUGAACUAGUGACGCAACCAAAUGCACAAUGGCGAAAUACGACCGCUGUUAUUAGUGGGGGACUUUUGGAUUCGGGAACAAGGAGGGAUCGCCACCUCACAGCCUCUUAUCCCAUGGUCUCCUGCCCCAUUGAGCCAAACUGAGGGGCCCCAAAAUUUGCAAGGUAGCAUUCAACUACCGUCAUUUCGGUGCCAUUGGCCGGACCGUGAAUGCAAUGGAUCAGUAAUGGAUCCAUGGUCGGAGCCUGCCUGGUGAGAAUGCCGGCCAAGAUCCUGUUUGCCUGGUCCCCUCCCCAUCGGAGCCUGAAUCGCGAGUCGGUAGACUGACUAUAAAAGGUCGGCGCGAGUAGCUUCCAUGGUCGUGACUACCCCCGAAGAUAUUCUUUUACCAUAUCGAUUCCUAUCGUUAAGAUGCGUUUCUUGACCACUCUUACCCUUGCCUUUGGCGCCUCGAUGGCUGCCGCCGAUAUGGCUAGCAAGUUCCAGGACCGCAUCAAGGAGUUGACGGGUGGCUAUGAUGCCCCUGCUGGUGCUGCGGAAGUCAAGCGUGAGGCGGACACCAAGCCUGCCCACCGAUUUCUGAAUGCCAAGUCCAAGAAGUUUGCUGUCGACGGUGCCAAUAUCCCCCUGGUUCCCUUUGACGUCGGUGAGUCGUACGCGGGCUCUCUGCCCAUCUCCGACAAGAAAGGCGAGAACAGCACCCUCUUCUUCUGGUUCUUCCCUGCCGAAGGCGGCAAGGUGACUGAUGAUGUCACCGUCUGGCUCAACGGCGGCCCUGGCUGCUCGUCCCUCUCUGGAUUCCUGACCGAGAACGGCCCGUUCUUGUGGCAGGACGGCACUCUUGCGCCAGUCAAGAAUCCCUACUCGUGGCACAAGCUCACCAACAUGAUCUGGAUUGAGCAGCCUGUCGGCACCGGUUUCUCUCUUGGUACCCCUAGUGCCAAUGACGAGCUCGAGCUUGCUACCCAGUUCCGCGGCUUCUGGAAGAACUUUGUCGACACUUUCGAACUCAAGGGAGCCAAGACCUACUUGACUGGCGAGUCCUAUGCUGGUUACUACGUGCCAUACAUUGCCAACAGCUUCAUCCUGCAAAACGACACCGACUACUUCAACCUUGGCGGCAUUUCCAUCAACGACCCUACCAUUGGUGACGACACUCUGCAGUUUGAUAUUACCGAAAUCCCAUACCACAACUACUGGGCCCAUCUCCUCGGCCACGAGGCUGACACUCUUGCCAAGGCAAAUGCCGCGUUCGAGGCUAGCGGCCAGGCAAACUACACCAACACUUACUUUACCUUCCCUCCUCCCCAGAAUCCUUUCCCCCCAGCUCCUAACGGUAUCAGGGGGAUCAGCUCGAUGCUCUCCAAGUCUGCCAGAGACAAGAACCCUUGCUUCAACAUCUACCACAUUACCGAUCAGUGCCCACAUGUGUAUGCCCACCUUGGUGGUGUCAACGGCGGAGACUACAUUCCCGUCGGCUCCGAGGUAUAUUUUACUCGCUCUGAUGUCCAGAAACACAUCAAUGCUCCUCUCAUUGGCAAGCGCUGGAGACAAUGUGGUGGUAACAACGGCAGCGUCUUCCCCAACGGCGACUCCUCCCCCGGCCCUGCUCUCGAUGGCACACUCCAGAACAUUAUUGAGACUACCAACAACACCAUUGUUGGAUCUGGUGCCCUUGACUUGCUCCUGCAGACCAACGGUACCCUUUUCGCGCUGCAAAAUGUCACCUGGAACGGCUUCCAGGGCUUCCACUCCUUCCCCAAGACCCCAUUCUUUGUCCCCGAUCACGAGAACAAGAACGGCGGUGCUCUGGGACCCCGCGGAAACAUUGGUGUCUACGUCAAGGAGCGCGGCCUCACCUUCUACGAUAUCCAUCUUGCUGGUCACGAGGUUCCUGGCUACUCGCUCUCUGGUGGCUACAGAAUGCUUCAGGUUCUGCUCGGCAAGGUCGAGGACUUUAGCAGCACCGAUCCUCUGUUCUAAGCGGAUGGUGGUAAAUAAUGUACAUACAUUCCCCGUACCUAGUAUAAUCAAGUAAUUUAUGAUAUAUAUUUUGCCGUCAUUGGUCGUUGUCA